GUAUAAUGCUGGGCAGAAGUGAUAAUAGCAUGAACUCAUGUCUUGUUCUGGAUUUUAAAAGAAAUGUCAUUUCACCGAGGAAGUGGAGAUGCCCUGUGGGGUGAAGCGUGUGUGCUAUCUUGGUUCCGGGGCAGUGAUACAGCUCCUGGGGGCCAUCACCCACAGCCAGGCAGGGGGCCCACAGCUUCCAGAGCUGGAGGCCCUGGAGAACUUGAUGGAGAUCAGCUCAGCCUCACCUGUCCGGAGGCCCAGGAGAAACAAAAGGCCCAGGGCCCGGGACCCUGCUGGGUACCAGGAGGGGAUUCACAUUCAGGAGGUCGGUGCCAAGCAUCAAGGGGUGAGUGGUUCUGCCUGGCCCCACGGCUUCCUCCACUUGGGCCAGGGUCAGGAAGUGUGUGGGGGUGAAGGGGUGACCUGUGAGGCAGUGUCCCCUGGGGCCAGGAGACGCAGCCUCAGCUCCUCACCCCCUUCCCCUCAGGCCCCGCUUCCACAGUGCAGCCCAGAGGAUGCUGAGGAGGAGGGGCCUGGUGAACAAGGGGGGCAGGAGGAAGACGCAGCUCAGCCUCAGCUCCAGCAGGAAAAGCUGCCCCUGAAUAUUGGGGUGCGGGACACUGUGGCCCAAGCCUUGCAGGAGGUGCUGCAGAUGCGACUCCAGGUGCUCCCACACCUGGCGCCGACUGAGGAGGAAGUGGAGGGCAUCGCUGCUGGCAUCGAGGCCGCCCUUUUCCACCUGACGCAAGGCAUCACCUGCCGCUACAAGGCCAAAUACCGCAGCCUGGUGUUCAACCUGCGCAACCCCAGGAACCCGGAUCUCUUCCUCAAAGUGGUGCGUGGAGACGUCACCCCACACAGCCUGGUGCGAAUGAGCUCCAUCCAGCUGGCGCCUCAAGAGCUGGCCCGCUGGCGGGACCAGGAGGAGAAGAGGAGCCUGGAGAUCAUUGAGCAGCAGCAGCGGGAGCUGUGCAGCCCCUUCCCGUCCACCAAACUGACCCACAAGGGCGAGGUUGAGAUCCAGAGGGACACUGACCAGAUACUGACCUUGGAGGACCUGGGGGGCCCCACAGUGUCCCUAGACUGCAGCCCCCUGGCCCUGCCUGCUGCCUCGGAGGACACCACGGAGCAGCAUGAGCACCACUUCCUGGACCCUGACUGCCAGAUCUGCACGGACUGGGAGCCCUUGAGUGAGCAGCCAGGCUCCUUCAAACAUGCCAGGAAGCAAGGGGACAAUGUCUUCCAGGGAUCCCCAAGCCCAGCCCCUGAGUUCUCUCCAACGAUGCCCCCAAACAGGGAGAAGCCACCCACGGAGCCCCAGGACAGGCCCCAGACUCUGGCUGGGCCCACAAAGGCCCUGCCCAGCCAGCCACCCUGGGAGGGGGCUCUAGACAUGUUCUCCAUCAAGCGGUUCCGGGUCAAGGCCCAGCUGGUCUCAGGGCACAACUGUCAGCUCAUCCAGACCCUGCCUGAGGUGAUCCGCUCAGCCGGCUGCAUCUCCCCCAACACUGUCUGGGAACUGUUGGCCAGCAUCUGCCCAGCUGAGGCCAAGGACGUCAGUGUGGUCAGGCUGUGCCCCCAGGGGGCUCGGGACACCCAGAACUGCCGCCUGCUCUACUCCUACCUCAACAAUAAGCAGCGUCACAGCCUGGCCGCUGUGGAACACGUUGGGGUGGUCCUGCUGCCCCUGCCGGCCUUCCAGCCCCUGCCCGCCAGACUGCGCCCUCUUGGGGGCCCAGGCCUGGAGGUCACUCACUCAAGCUUGUUGCUGGCUGUGCUGCUUCCCAAAGCGGGUCUACCAGACACAGCAGGGUCCAGCUCCUGGUUGGGGAAGGUUCGCAAGAUGGUCUCCUUCAACAGGAAAGUGGAGAUGAGAUGCUACCACCCGGAGUCCAGGAGGCAGGAUGUGGCCCUGCAGGACUCCCCUCCACCAGGGGGUUCCCUGCAGGGGAGCCAGGGCAAAAGCAGCCUGACUCCAAGAUGGACUUGUGGUUGGCAGAGGUCCCCCAGAGGCAGGGGGAGAGGGUGGGGAGAGCCUGAGGUCUGGCAGGGCCCUGGGCAAGGGCAGUGGCCCUCAGAGCCGGGCUGGUCCCGGUCCCGGCCACCCUCUUCGGCAGCACCAGCUGGCCAAGGCCCUGGCCGGCACCUCCACAGGACCUCCUGUCCCCACCAAGCCCUGCUCCAGCACCUUGAAUCCUUGGUGACCAUGAGCCACCAGCUCCAAGCCUCAUUGUGGCCCCCAGGCCAGGAGCUCUUGCACUUGCCCUCUGCAGCUGCUUCCCAGCCCCCUGCACCCCCUGGAAUACUUGGCCUCCUCUGCCAGCCCCCUGCAGCUCCAGAGCCCCCUGGUCCGAGCCCCUGACUCUUCUUUGGGUCUGCCAGAUGGGGCUGGCUCUGAGUGCCCCCUCUCCAGAGGGGCUUGACCCUGGUCACUUAACAGAUGAGGGGUUUUUAUCUCCCCUGUGGUGCUGAACCUUGAGCACUUCCAGAGAGAGAGGCAGGGGUGGAAGAAGGGAGGGGUCAGCUCAGCCCACCUGCCCUGUUUGUUUCCUGUUCUGUAGUCUGUUUGGUAUUGAUUUUUGGUUCAAUAAAGAG